GCAGAUUCGCCUCCUCCUUCUUUCCACUGUCGCGAAAUGGCGUCCGGGACACGCAAGGGAGGCAUGGCCGCACCUCGGGACGGGUUUCUCAGCUUUAAAACGGACCUGAACCCGUCCGGACCCAAAAACAAGAAGAAGAAACAGCUCAACAAGAAUAAAAAAAAGAGCUGGGGCAAACACAGCGACGUGCGGGACGUGGAGGAGUUUCUGGAGGACGUGCGCUUUCAGGAGCGGACUGUCGGCGGCCUCAUCUCAGAGAAGCCUGAUGACAGUCUGUUCUUUGUUGACGCAGGAGGUGAGAGGAGAGACUCAAAUCUCGACAAGGACAAGCCUCUGCAGGACGAUGUGAUUCUGCAGCCUGACUCUCGCAUCCCGGCUCCCACAGACGUUUCCAGCGGCCUCGACUCCGAGAAGCCCGAUGGCAGUCGGCACCGCAAGGACAAGCCUCUGCGGAUCGAUGUGAUUCUGCAGUCGGACUCUCGCAUCCCGGCUCCCAAAGAUGUGCUGGCACACCAGAUUCCCAACGCGAAGAAGCUGCGAGUCAUCGCCCAGCGUGCUCAGCAACUGGAGGCCCGCGGCGUGGUGCCACGGCAACAGAGACUGCUCCAGGCGCGGCUGCAGAGAUCCCUCGCCAGGAAGGGGAAGGCAAACAAACCGGCAGCAAACAACGACCCUCAGAGAGGGUUCUACGAUCUGUGGAGCGGAGCAGCUGCUGAGACUGCAGACCCCUGGUAUCUACAGCAGACCAAGAAGAUGCUAGUCAAGCGUCCAGCGCGUCUCAAUGUGAAGCCCUCCACUCUCCCUGCUGUCGAGGUUCCUGCCCCUGGAGCUUCCUACAACCCUGACUUCCUGUCUCACCAGGCUCUGCUGCGUCAAGGCCAUGAGAUAGAGCUGAAGAAACAGAAAGCUGAGCUGAGGCUAGAGCGCCAGCUGGCCUUCCCCAAGGAGCAGAUAGCCACUCGGGAGUCGGUGUUCCAGGAGGAGGUGGAGGGGCUGAUAGAGGACUCGGAGGACGAGGGGCCUCAUGAUGAAUACACUCCCCAGUACCAGGCUGCCUCUAGAGAGAAGAAAACGGAGAGGCAGAGAAAGUGGGAGAGACAGCUGAGAGAGAGGGAGAAGCGUUGGAAGGCCCUGCGACAAGCCAGGGACCGGCAGCAGCAGCUAUUCCGGCUCCGCUCCCUCAAGGCGGAGGUGCUGCGGCAGGAGGAGACCACGGGCCUCAGGAAGGAGGCGCGUCGGGCCAAAAAGCUUGAGGAGGAGAGCAUGCCACGAAGACUGGGGAAACUCAAAUACCAGGAGCCAGACCUGGAUCUGCAGCUGAGCUCUGAGAUGGCAGGAUCUCUUCGCAAACUCAAGCCAGAGGGCAGCAUCCUCAAGGAUCGCUUCAAGAGCCUGCAGAAGAGGAACCUGAUCGAGCCGAGAGAGCGAGCAAAGUUCGUGAGAAAGCACAAACUGAAAUACGUGGAGAAGAGGGCCUUCAGGGAAGUCACGUUGUAAGCUACGCCCCGAAGACCAGCCUCCCCACACUGUGGACCAGCUCUCCGUCCCGUUCAAUAAAGCUUUAUUAUACUCUG